AACCAUUAUCCAUUGUCAAUUUGUUAUCUUCGAUGAUUUACGCCCUUCCAUGGCAGAAAUCUGAAACCUCAAUUAACUCCUCUAAUUUUAUUCAUCAUCACUCUUCUCUGUGCUGCAUCCCAGAGAGAGAGAGAGAGAGAGAGAUGGGGAAAGGGGGGAUGUCUCAUGGUGGUGGAGAGGGCGGAGAAAAUAUGGCCGCUUGGCUUCUUGGUGUCAAUAAUCUCAAGAUUCAACCCUUCGAACUUCCCCCACUUGGUCCAAAUGAUGUUAGGGUUCGCAUGAAAGCUGUGGGAAUCUGCGGAAGUGAUGUUCACUACCUCAAGACCAUGAGAUGUGCACAUUUUAUCGUCAAAGAACCUAUGGUGAUUGGGCACGAGUGUGCCGGGAUCAUAGAAGAAGUUGGGAGCGAAGUCAAGUCUUUAGUUGUGGGUGACCGUGUAGCUCUAGAGCCCGGGAUCAGUUGCUGGCGUUGUGAUUUCUGCAAAGGUGGCCGCUACAAUCUGUGUCCUGAUAUGAAAUUUUUUGCAACUCCUCCAGUCCACGGCUCUCUCGCCAAUCAGGUGGUCCAUCCUGCAGAUCUAUGUUUCAAGCUGCCUGACAGUGUAAGCUUGGAGGAAGGGGCUAUGUGUGAGCCUCUUAGUGUUGGUGUCCAUGCUUGUCGUCGUGCUGGCAUUGGUCCUGAGACAAAUGUAUUGAUCAUGGGAGCAGGUCCAAUAGGCUUGGUUACAAUGUUAGCAGCUCGAGCUUUUGGAGCCCCCAGAAUUGUUAUUGUGGAUGUGGACGAUCAUCGUUUAUCUGUUGCAAAGGAUCUUGGUGCCGAUGAAACUGUCAAGGUUUCAACAAAUAUUAAGGAUGUCAGUGAAGAAGUAUCUCAAAUAAACAAGGUUAUGGGAACUGGAAUUGAUGUGACCUUCGACUGCGCAGGCUUUAACAAAACCAUGUCAACAGCUUUAGAUGCUACUCGUGCUGGCGGUAAGGUUUGCCUUGUUGGAAUGGGUCAUAAUGAGAUGACCGUUCCUCUUACCCCAGCUGCAGCAAGAGAGGUUGACAUCAUUGGCGUCUUCCGUUAUAAGAAUACUUGGCCUCUUUGCCUUGAGUUUCUGAGGAGUGGAAAAAUUGACGUGAAGCCCCUUAUAACCCACAGGUUUGGUUUCUCCCAGAAGGAAGUAGAGGAGGCCUUUGAAACCAGUGCCCGUGGAGGUAAUGCCAUUAAAGUGAUGUUUAACCUAUAAUUGCAGUUACAUGUAUACUAGAUCGUUGCAUUGGUCUGGUCAUUUCUAUUGCUUGUUUAUUGUUGCAGCAUGUCUUGCAUCCAUAAUAUUAUAAUAUUACAACAUUCCUGAAUUAGAACUUAUGAACUACAGUUGUUUUAAUGUUUCCACUUUCCAUAAUACAGCUUCUAUUUUUUUGUUUUUGUUUUAA